AUGGAAGAUGCUCAUGCGAAGACGGGCGAUGAGGUUUGCCGCUUCUUCAAUGUGGGACCAGACGGGUUAACAGAAAGCCAGGUAGAGGCUCAAAGAGAGAAGUAUGGCUUCAAUGAAAUGCCCGCGGAAGAAGGAAAGUCUAUUUGGGAACUUAUCCUUGAACAGUUUGACGAUCUCCUUGUAAAGAUUCUUCUUCUCGCCGCUAUCAUCUCUUUUGUCUUAGCCCUGUUUGAGGAACAUGAUGACCAAACAGCUGCGGUUACCGCGUUCGUUGAACCUUUCGUUAUUCUCCUUAUUCUCAUCGCGAACGCUACAGUCGGAGUUUGGCAGGAACGAAAUGCCGAAUCCGCUAUAGAGGCGUUAAAAGAAUAUGAACCGGAGAUGGCCAAAGUUGUGCGAGCAGGAAGCCAUGGCAUCCAAAUGAUCCGGGCACGUGAACUUGUUCCAGGAGACCUUGUUGAAGUUUCUGUUGGUGACAAGAUUCCCGCUGACCUUCGACUGCUAAAGAUAUACUCGACAACGAUACGUAUCGACCAGUCUAUUCUCACUGGUGAAUCUGUGUCAGUCAUCAAGCACACCGAGGCCGUUCCUGAUGCUCGAGCUGUCAAUCAGGACAAAAAGAAUUGUCUGUUCUCCGGUACAAAUGUUGCCUCCGGAAAGGCCCGAGGGAUAGUGUUUGGUACUGGACUGAUGACCGAGAUCGGAAAAAUCCGGACAGAAAUGGCUGAAACCGAAAGCGACAAGACUCCACUUCAACAAAAACUUGACGAGUUCGGCGAGCAGUUGUCUAAGGUCAUCUCCAUCAUCUGUGUCGCAGUGUGGGCCAUCAAUAUCGGUCACUUCAAUGAUCCUGCGCACGGUGGAUCAUGGAUCAAAGGCGCCAUCUAUUAUUUCAAGAUCGCUGUAGCACUUGCCGUAGCAGCCAUUCCUGAAGGUCUCCCGGCAGUCAUUACCACUUGCCUUGCUCUCGGUACUCGGCGGAUGGCAAAGAAGAAUGCUAUUGUCCGAUCAUUGCCUUCUGUGGAAACUCUCGGAUGUACUUCAGUUAUCUGCUCUGACAAGACCGGAACAUUGACGACAAAUCAAAUGUCUGUGUCAAAAAUGUUCAUCGCAGAGCAUGCAUCGGGCGACAACAUUGAUUUCAACGAGUUCACCAUCACUGGUUCGACUUAUGAACCUUCUGGAAAAGUUUUCUUCCAUGGAAAAGAGGUUAACUGUGCGGGUGGUGAUUUCGAUGCACUCACUGAACUUGCCACCAUUUGUGCUAUGUGUAACGACUCUGCUGUAGACUAUAACGACACCAAGAAGGUCUACGAGAAGGUCGGGGAAGCAACUGAAACAGCACUGGUUGUUCUUGCUGAGAAGAUGAAUGUAUAUGGUACACCAAAAUCAGGAUUGUCGGCUCGUGACCUUGGUAACGUCUGCAACCGAGUUAUUCAGCAAAAGUGGAAAAAGGAGUUCACCCUGGAGUUCUCUCGCGAUCGCAAAUCGAUGUCCUCGUACUGUGUCCCGGCCACAGGAGGAUCUGGUGCUAAGAUGUUUGUAAAAGGAGCACCAGAAGGAGUACUCGGCAGAUGCACUCAUGUGCGAGUUAACAACCAGAAAGUACCGCUCACGCCUGCAAUGACGCAAAAGAUUGUCGAAAAAUGUGUGCAGUAUGGUACUGGACGAGAUACUCUUCGUUGUCUAGCUCUGGGAACCAUUGAUAAUCCGAUUCACCCAAAUCAAAUGAACCUUGAAGAGGCAUCGCAGUUCACGAAGUACGAGCGCGACAUCACGUUUGUCGGUGUGGUUGGCAUGCUCGACCCUCCGCGUACUGAGGUUAUGAAAUCAAUCAGGGAAUGUAAUCAUGCCGGUAUUCGUGUGAUCAUGAUCACUGGUGACAAUAAGAACACAGCAGAAGCUAUUGGAAGACGUAUUGGUCUUUUCACUGAGGACGAGGACACCACAGGCCUUUCAUUCACUGGACGCGAAUUCGACGAUCUUCCUCCUGAGCAGCAAUCAGACGCUUGCAGACGCGCAAAACUUUUUGCUCGAGUCGAACCUGCUCAUAAAUCAAAAAUCGUCGAUAUUCUGCAAAGUCACGGAGAGAUCACGGCUAUGACUGGAGACGGUGUGAAUGAUGCACCUGCACUGAAGAAAGCAGAAAUUGGAAUUGCAAUGGGAUCCGGAACUGCUGUCGCUAAGUCGGCAUCUGAAAUGGUUCUGGCUGAUGACAACUUUGCGUCGAUCGUUGCUGCAGUUGAAGAGGGCCGUGCUAUUUACAACAAUAUGAAGCAGUUCAUUCGGUACCUGAUCUCGUCAAACGUCGGAGAGGUCGUGUCAAUUUUCCUUGUCGCUGCUCUUGGUAUUCCGGAAGCUCUUAUUCCCGUCCAACUAUUGUGGGUGAACUUGGUUACUGAUGGUCUGCCAGCAACUGCGCUUGGUUUCAAUCCUCCCGAUUUGGAUAUUAUGGAGCGUCAUCCACGAUCCGCAAGCGAUGGACUCAUCUCCAGAUGGCUCUUCUUCCGAUAUUUGGCAGUUGGAACCUAUGUCGGAGUUGCCACUGUUGGAGCGGCGAUGUGGUGGUUCCUCAUUUACGAAGAUGGGCCUCAAAUUACUUACUACCAACUUACUCACUGGAUGAGAUGCGAGAUUGAGCCUGAGAACUUUGCUGAUCUGGACUGUGCUGUGUUCGAAGAUAACCAUCCGAAUGCAAUGGCCCUGUCUGUACUCGUAACAAUUGAAAUGCUCAACGCAGUAAACUCGUUAGUUUCAUUGAUCUGCUCUUCCCAUCUCCACCUUGAUCUUUCGACAAUUGCUGAUUUUGUUAGGUUAUCCGAGAACCAGUCGUUGCUUGUAAUGCCACCCUGGAAGAACAUGUGGUUGUGCUCCGCCAUAGCAUUGUCGAUGUCGCUUCACUUCGUCAUCCUUUACGUAGACAUCAUGGCCACCAUCUUCCAGAUCACUCCUUUAUCUAUUGCCGAAUGGAUGGCAGUGUUAAAGAUCUCAUUCCCAGUUUUACUUCUUGACGAAAUACUGAAAUUCAUCGCACGCAACUACGUCGACGGUAAGCCACCUAGUCGUGCAGCCACUAUACGGUCGAUCAUCUCCUUGGUCGGCCUUGGUGCUGUGUGGUGUGCGUACUUCGGUUGGAUGUUAGGUCCUUAUGCAAAGAGUAUUGAACGUGCGUUUGGUAGCCCGGCUAUGCUGGAACCACCAGCGGACCUUGCAUUGCAGAAGAAAAGAAUCUGA